UUGCAGGACAUGCAGUGGCUGUGCUGCACUCCACUUCUCGUCAGCUACGGGAUCCAUACGCUUGCGAAAGCAAGGUUUAACAAAGCAAUGGGAACUUCACCAAAUUUGCUGCUAAGAGUCUAAAAAACACCAGCAACUAAACGCGUUUUAUCGGAACUAUAAAAAACAUUUACGUUCCCCGGCAGUGGAAAGCUUGUCAACUCUGGAAAAAGAAGCGAUGGACCCGAGAGACACAGCCCCGGAUUCGUGGGAGCUGGAGGAAGAUGCCGAGGCCCCGGCUGCCGCGGCAGAGCUCCCAACUGCCUUCGCCGCACUCAACGUCAAUGCCAAGCCGUUUGUCCCCAACGUUAACGCCCCGGUGUUUGUACCUAGCUUUCUUCAAGCAAGUGCCGUAGAAAUUACGGCUUCAGACGGUGCCACUGACCCAAUUGCCAGCAUGGAGGUGGCAGAAACAGCCGGUAUGCAUUCACAUUGUACUGCAGGCACUGCAUGUUCAGCUCCAGUGGAGAAUGGAGGCACAGAGGCAGACAUGACCACAGAGGAAGAGACGUGGGAGCAGAAGGAGGAGCCGGGGGGAGGAGGAGGCGGAGGAGACGAGGACCUGAGUUCAGGAGGAGCCUGUGAGGAGGGCGCGGCGAGGAACGAGGACGAGGAGAUGAUGGAGGAGGAAGAGGAGGAGAUGCCCAUGCCCAAAGUGGCUCCGGCACCGCCAGAUGCCCCUAAGAAAGAACAUGUGAACGUGGUCUUUAUUGGUCACGUGGAUGCUGGAAAAUCAACAAUUGGAGGACAGAUCAUGUACUUAACUGGAAUGGUGGAAAAGCGAACCCUGGAAAAAUAUGAAAGAGAAGCAAAAGAAAAGAACAGGGAGACAUGGUACCUGUCGUGGGCUCUGGACACAAACCAGGAGGAGAGAGACAAGGGGAAGACGGUCGAGGUCGGGAGAGCUUACUUUGAGACGGAGAAGAAACAUUUCACCAUCCUGGAUGCCCCCGGGCACAAGAGCUUUGUCCCUAACAUGAUUGGUGGAGCGUCACAAGCCGACCUGGCUGUCCUGGUGAUUUCCGCAAGAAAGGGGGAGUUUGAGACCGGCUUUGAGAAGGGAGGACAGACACGGGAACAUGCCAUGCUGGCUAAAACAGCAGGAGUCAAGCAUCUCAUUGUCCUGGUCAACAAGAUGGAUGACCCCACUGUCAACUGGAGCCUAGAAAGGUAUGAAGAGUGUAAGGAGAAGCUGGUUCCAUUUCUAAAGAAGGUGGGCUUUAACCCCAAGAAGGACAUCCACUUUAUGCCUUGCUCUGGACUCACAGGUGCCAACCUCAAGGAGCCCGUAACUGAAUGCCCCUGGUACACGGGUUUGGCAUUUAUUCCCCAUCUGGACAGUUUGCCAAAUUUUACCAGAUCCAACGAUGGACCAGUCAGACUACCUAUUGUAGACAAAUACAAGGACAUGGGCACCGUUAUCCUGGGGAAGCUGGAGUCUGGAUGCAUCAGUAAAGCCCAGCAGCUGGUCAUGAUGCCAAACCGGCACACAGUGGAAGUAUUGAGCCUGCUGAGCGAUGAUGUGGAGACAGACGAUGCUACUCCUGGGGAGAAUCUGAAGUUGAGGCUGAAGGGCAUUGAGGAGGAAGAAAUCCUCCCUGGGUUUAUCCUCUGUAGUCCUGACAACCUCUGCCACUCCGGUCGCACCUUUGACGCACAGAUCGUCAUUAUUGAGCACAAAUCAAUCAUUUGUCCUGGUUACAAUGCAGUCCUUCACAUCCACACCUGCAUUGAAGAAGUUCAAAUCUCAGCCUUAAUCUGUUUGGUGGACAAAAAGACGGGGGAGAAAAGCAAAACACGACCACGCUUUGUUAAGCAGGACCAGGUGUGUAUCGCCAGGCUCCGGGCAGCUGGAGUCAUCUGCUUAGAGACCUUCAAAGAAUUCCCUCAGAUGGGACGAUUCACACUGAGAGACGAGGGCAAAACUAUCGCCAUCGGCAAAGUGCUGAAGCUGGUGCCAGAAAAGGACUAAAUGCAACAGUGGCAGCAUGCAUGGAGUUCUUCCACCUUUCACCAGAGGAGAAAUGCUGCUAGAGCCGACCCAAAUAGUUACUCUCUCUUUACACACAGCUAUGCUGAAGAGAAGAACAGGGACAACAAGGAGUGAAGGAGGUAAUAAAAUUGCGUCAAAUGAAGAAAAAAAAGACUGAAUCAGUUUUUACGAUGAACAAUAUGAAACGAGAGACCAAGUCCAGUGUGUCAGCUUUCUCAUAUUGAGAGCUCAGCUAUGCCACUAAUGUAGCUACAUGCCCCCCAUCUGUAAUCCCACGGCGAACCGUGCAGUCGGCAGGCCACGCCAUUUGUUUUUAGAAUGGAGAUGGAUGCAGUGUAACUGAGUUUGAGGAAG